AUGGCGGAGACCAACACCGACAGCGCUUGCGCCAGAGUUCUGGGCACGGUUGAACUUCUCGAGAACAUCUUGAUCUACUUGCCAACCACCGACGUCGUGCGCUAUAGGCGUGUCCACAGCAUCUGGCAGGCCGCCAUCAACGGUUCGCCUCCACGUCGGCGCCACGUCUUCCUCGACCCGAGCCCAAUCACCCAAAUCUUCACACUCAAGAAGACAUUCGUUCAGGUUCACCCACUCCUGGCCGACGCUGCGAAGCUUCACUUCGGUUGCGACUCGAUUUCAUUUGAGUUCGACAUCGACAUUGUCAAGCUCUCGACUUUGCCAGGACUCGAGUGGCGCACGAUGCUUGCCACAAGCCCGCCAGCAAGUGAGACCGAGAUACUGGUAUCCACAUACUCAGACGAGGCUCUUCGCGAGAUCUGGGUGGAGAUCACGAUGCCGCCCAGGGGCGGCGUCACUCUGGGCAGGCUAUAUGACAGUCUCAGAGAACAUGACUCGAGGCCGGUCUCCGCCGAGACAUCGGAGGCUGUAGUCGCGUGGGCCCGGGCAUGGGCUUUGAAGGUGGCAGAAGGUUCAGGAGCAUGA